AUGGCUCCCCCAAGGAAGAGCAACGUUGAGGUAGGUGCCCACGUGGUUGUUAAGGACCACCCGCUCCCUGCGCGAGUGGUUCACAUCCAGGGCAACGAAUGCCAAAUCCAAUUUGUCGACGACUCGGUGGCCGUCGUGCACCUCUCGUCAGUCACGAAGUCGAGUUCGACAUUGGCAUCUACCAUUGGGGCUGUGACCAGGUCAAGAUCGUCGUGGACGCCAAGCAGUUCGGCUUCUGACUCGUCAUCAUCGUACACCAGCCGUAGGAGCUACACAAGUGAGUCUUCGGUGACAGUCACCAGCCGUAGCACCCGUACGAUGACGUCGCGCAGCCGCUCGUCAUCGAAGUCGCCAAAGACGCAGCGUGUCACGAGCCGUAGCAGGAGCCGCAGCGCAUCCCGAGCUGGCCCCACCACAUCCUCGAGAACGUCCCGGUCGCCGCAGAAGGCUGCCUCCCCCAAGUCCCCAAGCCCGGCCAAGAAGGCCAAAAGUCCGGCAAAAAAAAGCCCCGGGCGUCCAAAAAGCCCCGGGCGUCCAAAAAGCCCCGGGCGUCCUCCAGCGAAGACUUCGCUGGCCAAGAGUCCAGCGCGCAAGUCGCCGGCAGCCAAAAGUCCAGCUAGGAAGACUCCAGCCAAGACGACUCCGGCCAAGACGAAAGCCACAUCGAAGUCGCCAGCACGCACCGCUACGCAGCGAAAGAAGAGUGUCAGCCCUGCGAGGGAGAAAGGUGGCGACUCCCCACGGCCCGGCCCUUCGCGCGCUCCGGUGUCCUCAUCGUCCUCGUCGGAGACGAUCGUCGCACCAGCGCGCAGUCGCGCGAGCCUCGCCACGCCCCUGGGUGCCGCUUCUCCCCAGCCUGUGGUGAACCUCAGCAGCAAUUCGAUCACCCGCCGCAUAUCCAGCGCCCCCUCCACGGGCGCAUCGUCGCCACACGUCUACAACGUGCAGGGGGUGCGGUCUUCCCCACGCAUUGCCACCAUGCACUCAACCUCAGAUCGGCACAGAAUGCGUGAAGUCGUCAGCUACAGCCUUGACGAAGACGAGGGGCCAUCAACGUCCAAGAAGAGCCUGGUGCAGAUUGCCGAGCCAAGGAGGCGCUUCCUUCCCCGCGUGCCUGAAGUUCGGCUGCCCUUCCGUCUGGGCAGCACCCUCAGUGCUCUCUUCUGGAUAUUCCUGGUGCCCUCGCUGGCCAUUGCACUGUACCUGCUGUGCCAGAAGGAGAGCUGCACCAUCAUGAAGGCUCCCAGACUGCCCAAGACUCUGGGUGCAUACUUCCACUGGAAGCUCUACGUCGGCUACCUGGGCUUCCUGGUUAUCCAGGCCGUGGUCCAGGCACUUCCUGUGGGCCGCACAGUUCAGGGUUUCCCUUCCAAAGCCCUCAAGCAUCGCAUUUCCUACGAUUAUCGCCUCAAUGGCUAUGUGAACUUGCUGGUCACAGCGGCAGCGUUUGGAGGCCUAGCAUGGUACGGCUUUCCCGUGGCCAUACCGUACCAUUACAUCCUCCAGCUGCUGAUGACCACCGCUGCAUUUGCCCCGGUCCUGGCCCUGCUCCUCUACAUCAAGGGGCACUACGCAUCCUGGGAGCACCAGUUCCCACCUGGAAACACGGGGAAUGUGCUGAAUGACUAUGUGAAGGGCAGAGAGCUCUCGCCACGCAUUGGACAAACCUAUGACCUGGCUGCGCUGUGCUUUCGCUGCGGCCUGCUCACAUGGAUGGUUCUGCUGGGUGCAAUGGCUUGGCAUGACUUCAAGGCCAAAGGAUGCCUGGAGCACGGGUUUGCCGUCAGCAGUGCCUGUCAGCUGUUGUACAUCGUCAUGAUUUUCAUAGACGAGGAGUACUACCUGAGCUCGGCGUUUGUCAAUGAGGAUGGCCUCGGCUACGUAGCCGUCGCUGGCAACCUGGUCCUGAUGCCCUUUGUGGGCUGCCUGCCAGCCAAGUUCAUCCUCGAGCAGCGACCUCAGACCCUGCCGCUUGUCUGCUACAUCGGCAUCUUCAUCAUUUUCGCGGCCAGCCUGACUGCGAUGCACAUCGCCCACAAGCGGAAGUACCACCUGCGACGCAACUGGCCUGACCCGAGCUCCCGAGGCCCAGGUGUCGACUACCUGUUGGACAACUCGGGCAACCGCCUUGUUGUCUCCGGCCUCUGGGGCAUCGUGCGGCACCCAAAUUACCUGGCUGACCUUCUGUGCCACCUGGCCUUUGCUCUGCCCUGUGGCUUCCACCACGUGCUGCCUUUCUACAGCUUGCUGAUGAGUACGGUGUUCCUCGUCACGAGGACGCUAGAGGUAGAGCGCAAGUGUCGGCAGCGCUAUGGCGACCUCUGGGCAAACUACACCCAGCGAGUCAAGUACCGGAUCGUGCCCUACGUCUUCUGAUUUUGCCAUCUGGCCACCGGAUUCCCUCAUCUCUCCAUCCGACUCUCUCUUCUGACAUUGUCACCGCCUGUCUUGUGUGUUUCACGACCCCAUCGCUGCCUACCUCCCCCCCUCCCACCACCCUUUCUUUUUUUUUUUUCUGCGCUCCUCCGCAAUAUCCGCAAGAGCUAAAAGAAGGGCUUUAUUUUACAAGCUUGGCACCCUGGGACGCGCGUGACUAGGCCUACGUUUGAGCCGCAAGUUUGCCGCAGACAGUAUGGAGACUGAGAAGAGAAGCAGCCUCAUGGUAUAGCUUGCAGGGCAAAGUUCGCCUUUCGCUUUGGUACUUUUUGUUUUAACGCAGUAAAUCGAUUUUCCUUAAAUCGAUUUCCCAGUCUCAUGUAGCCCGGUUUUAUCAUUUUCGAGUCAUGUGCCCGGCAUGGGCACCUUGUCACCUGCUUCCCGCUGAACAUUACGUUUGCGUUGCUAAACCAUUGCUGUGCCAACUCUUUUACACAACCACGUCGCAGUAGCGAAAUGCUUCAUGGACAAGCUCUGCCCUGUCAUAGGAGGCACGUAAAGUCAAAAGAAUGAAAGAACUUUUAUUAAGCACGUCACAGAACAUCAUCACUAAGGGUGCACAUGUGUGAUGCCUUUUAAACGCUUGUUGAAAUUGUCGCGCUUUCUUUUAAAGGAAGCUGGAAUGCUUGAAGUUAAAAAACAACCUGUCGUAGUCUACAUGGACUGUGAGAGCAAAUGUUUUCCCAUCGUCAAUUUCUUGGCUUUUAACAACAUCAAAAUCCAUCUGUUUUUACUCAUUGCUUUGUACAAAGCAUGUAUGUGCGCUGUAUUCAUGAGGGCACUUAUCACUUCCUCCAAUUUUGAUGCGUGCAAAGACCCGUCCCAGCUACGCCCAGAAAUCGGCAGAGAUGGCGAAGUCUGUUUCUCUUGCGAAAGACGGGAAGCACCCGUUUUUGCUGCCAUGCGACUCUUAAAAAGUUUCGGUUUGAGAAAAGUCACACGAAUUGCUUGUUUCAUUUUGUGAAAUGAGCAAAUCAUUGCAAGAUGCCUUAACUGUUCAAAUGGUCUCAUUGGAAUUGCCCUCAGUCAGAUCUGUAGGCGACUGUAGCGCUCCUAUGUUUAGUUGAGAUCAGUACGUUCUAGGUUACGAGACAGGUUGACACUGUUGUUGCAGAACUUGUCGCCGUGUCAGUGCCGGCAAUGGCCAAGGAUCGCGUGCUUUCUGUUGUGAUGUAGCCAGUGUAGCCAGCUUCGUUGUUUCACCUGCCGGGCUCUGAGCGCUGUUGGGAAGGCGGUGACAGAAGUCCGAGUACUGUGGGCUCGGGCAUUUCCUUAGGAGGCACUAGUGAUGGCUACGGCGUUCGCAAGUGAUCUGUGUGUUGACAACUUUAGCUGCUAAAUCUAGCAUGUACAAAUUGAGCUUGCUUAGCAUGCGCCUGUGCGUUUCGGUGCCACUACAAUGGCUGUGACUGUGCUGUCAUUUACGUUGGCUCGGUUUUAAAAAGCUUCAAAACUGUGGAAGUUAACUUUAAGAAAGCAAAGCUUUGCAGAAGUAUGUUCUAUUGUAAUUUAGCCUGCUUUCAAAAGCUAAAAAAAUUGUACAAGUUAGUUUUAAGUUGGCAACAGAUUGCACGGUAUGUUCUGUUGUAUACGUUUUAUUUGCUUUGAUGAAUUCCGUUUCCUUUACCUUAGUUUGUAGAAACGAGUUCUUCCUAAAGGUUUGAAUUUCUAUUUACUCAGUGUCGCAAUAUAAAUACAGUGCUUUUCUUAAGACUUAGAAAUGAGUUCUUCCUAAACAUUUGAAUUUCUAUUUACUCAGUGCGUUUCUUAGACUUGCUACAGUUUACUGUGUUGUCAAGGCGAAAAGUAUUGCAGCCGAUAGCUGUUUGAGCUGGCUGGUGUUUUUUUUUUUUUUUUUUUUUUUUCUCCUGAUUUGCGCGGUGAAUUCAUAAUUAUGUCUACCAGGAAUUGUUACAAGGUUAGCUCUAACGACAUGCAGCAACUUGUUAUAUCGGCGUUUGAAGAAGCCAAAAGCUGUACAGUCACGUGUUUUCGAGAUUACUGUGAUCUUGAUGCACAAUGCAUUAUAUAGAUCUACUAACACGCUUAACCUGAGCUACAACCCAAAAGCGCGUAGCAACGCAGUCGAGCGUUGUAGCUCAUACUGAGUGUAAUAGUGCAUUGAAUUUAUUUUUAACGUGCCUAUUGAUUAACUUAAUCACCCUUUCUAAGAAAUAUUCACAUCUGUGUGCCGAGUGGCAGUAAUUCCUUUUUUUUUUUUUUUAGGCCUGUGUUUGCUAGGAUGAAAAAUCGCAGAGGAUCAUUUGGUACCUGGUAUUUUAUACGUUGUUGUUCGUUUGAUUUAUCUUUGUUGUUUCUUGCAAAGAGCAUUCAAUUUAUGAGUAAUAACUGAGACAGGCCUUGUCCGACAUCUCACUGCACUUGUUUCGAGGUGCAGGAGCCGCACUGUUCAUCCGCACUCUUGUUGUGGUGGAUCGUUUUUUUUAAUCCUUAUUAUUUAAAUACCUGCAAUGCCAUGAUGUGUUUCAUUUGUACUUGUGCUCAAAAUAAAAUGAUUCACGAAACUCUGCAUGUUACAAGCCGAUGCUUUCACGAAGGUCCUCAAUCUGAUUCUCAACUCCACUGUGCAGAGUCGUUUUGCGGUCGUCUAAGAAUGAAAUGCAAUCGCAGAGCAUCUGUUAAGCCAAGCCUCUUUGAGAUAAAAAAACCAACGCAUAAACCACAUACUGUGUCCACAAGGAUGCUCGUCCUAGCAGGUGUUAUGUAUUGAAACCAGAGAGAGACAGAUCACUUUGUUGGAUUCAGAAAUGGCGUAGACGUCGCAAGAAGCUGUUCACCUGCAGUCUUGAUUUGCAAUUCAUUUUUGGACGACUUUACUCCAACCUGUUCUGAAAGCUUCUUUCAUUUCCUGUUUUGUCUGGACAGGUCAUUCUUCUUUCACUGGCAAUUUGCUCAUGCACGUUCAUCUUAAUACAUAUAUUUUCAUGUAAAUAAGAAGGUCAGAACGCCACUGUUCUUGCUUAGUGUUCUUGUUUGUUUUCACUGUGGUAUGCGAAUAAGUGCAACAUGCUCUUUUUAGUUUCAGAUGUCGCAUGCUCUGAAUGCAUGGCCAAAAGAAAGGAAAAAAAAGUCAGAUUUGUACCCUUGAGAUUUUUUAUUUUUACUGUAUCCCAUUGUGUAGCAUAGCAACAUGUGUCCCCGAAGUGUGAACACAGUUGCCCAUUUUAUGUAUCGCUGCAUCAUGUAACAAUAAACAUUAUCCCAUUCUUUA